CUCCUUCCCUCCAUUAUUUAGGGUUCUUCGAGCAACGCGAUUCCAUCGCGCUCGCUUCUAGCAUUGCGCGCGGAGGAUGGAAUGCAGCGUUCGAUCCAGACGCCAGAUUUCUGUCAGCUCGAGACCAUCGAUCGCAAGCAGACCAGGCUACGACGAUACCUCGCCGGGCUCAAAGAAUGCGGCAGCUCCAAGGAUCUGGCAAGAGGGAAAAGAAUCCACAGCGAGGCCGUCCAGAAUGGGGACGAGAGCAACAUCUACUUGGCCAGCAGUCUCAUCAGCAUGUAUUCCAAGUGUGGAGAUCUUCCGGACGCGAGGGAAGUUUUCGACAGGCUUCCUCGCCACAACCGCGACGUAGCAGUCUGGACAGCCUUGAUCAUGGGCUACGCGGACAACGGCCUGGAAGAUCGAGCACUGGACGAGUUUUUCCGCAUGGAUUGCCCGCUGAAUCCUCGACCAUUCGUCGCUGCGCUCAAGGCUUGCUCGAGUCUGGCGGAGAAGGAAGAAGCCAUACAGGAUGGUGGUAAGGCUAUGGCGAUCAAGUCAAGGAGCCUCGAGAGGGGCCGGGAGAUACACGCUCGGGCUUGCAGGCUUGGAUUCGACUCUAGUGAUGUUUUCGUGGGGAAUACGCUGGUGGAUAUGUACGCGAAGUGCGGAAGCAUGGCCGAUGCUCGCAGAGCUUUCGAGAAGAUCAUGGCUCCAGAUACGGUCUCCUGGAACGCUCUAGUGCUGGGAUAUGCAACGAACCACGAAGAAGCAGUGGCCUUUGAGGUGUUCUCUCGAUUUCUCUCGACUUGGCUCCAACCGGAUCAUUUGAGCUUUGUGGCAGUUCUCAAGGCAUGCAGUAGCUUAGCAACGAAAGAAGUGGCUGCUCAUAACAGGCUCGUCAAAGUUUUUGCUUUGGAGAAAGGCAUGGCUGUUCAUGCUGAGGCAGCAAGAAGAGGACUUGAUACCAGCCUCUUCGUGGCCAGCAGUCUAGUAGACAUGUACUCCAAGUGUGGGAGCAUGGUGGACGCUCAGAGGAUCUACAACAAGCUGGAGUCAUGCAACGUUGUUCUUUGGACAGCGCUCAUGCUGGGAUACGCAGAAAAUGGCGAAGAAGAUCUGGCACUGAAGCUAUUCAUAGAGCUAAGACCGAGAAAUUGCCGACCAAAUGCUCUGAGCUUUCUGGCUGCAUCGAAAGCUUGCACCGGCCUCGCAGUGAAAGAAGAAAUCCAACACCAACAAGUGGAGACGAUCAAGAGAAGGCCAGUAAAGAUCAACUCUCUGGAGAAGGGGAUGGCCGUGCACUCGGAAGCUAUCAGGUGUGGCUGCUGCGAUCUCUUCCUCACGAGCAACCUGGUGGACAUGUACGGAAAGUGUGCAAGCAUGGAGGACGCUCAGCGGGCCUUUGACGGAAUGGAGCGGCGAAACGCGGUUCUAUGGACGGUACUUCUGGCGGGAUACGUUGAAAACGGUGAAGGUGAAAAGGCUCGCGAGCUCUUCGCUCCAAUGCGACGCGACGGAUGCCAUCCAAACUCGGCCUCAUUCGUCGCAGCACUGGGGGCCUGCAGGGACGGAGUUUCGAUCGAAACCGGCAGGGCCUUCCACGCUGAUAUUUGCCGGAGUGGCGUCGAGUGUGAGACACAGGUCGGCAGCAAACUCGUGGACUUGUAUUCCAAGUCCGGGAUGGUGUCCAAAGCUCACGAGGUAUUCGAUUCACUUCCAGAGAGGAACUUGGUGACUUGGACAUCGCUACUGGCAGGAUAUAGUCGCGAAGGGAGGACGCGAGAGGUUUUCCAUCUCUUCGGCGGGAUGCUAGACGAGGGCCUCCAGGCGGACAGGGUGACGAUGCUGUGCCUUCUCACGGCUUGUAGCCAUGCCGGGCUCGUGGAGAGGGGCCGUGAGCUUCUUAAGUCGAUGAGCUCCAGGUAUGGAGUGAGUCCUGGCGUGGAGCACUGCGAAUGCAUGGCCGAUUUGCUGGAGAGAGCUAACGAGGCCGAAGCUGCGAGGGAGAUGAGAAAGAUGGUGGCCAGGAAAGAAAAUCCAACAAUAAUAAACUGAAAUUAACUUAGUGCUAA